AUGAACCCAAGCAUGGAAGGACGAACUCCCUCAGCCGGAUCUGAGUCGCGGCCGUAUAGGUAUGAAACGGAGAUCAUCUCCACCGGCGAAGAGAAGAAACUGAUCUCCGGCAGAGGCGGCAUCAUCGUCGGCUGGUCGGGCACCUCGAAAGGUCUUCCACCACCUUCUGGCUCGUCAGCCGUUAACGGGUUUCGACGGGAUCGCCAUGUCCUCAUCCUCAAUCCAACUGCAUCAAAACAAACGGCUUCGACGGGAUCGCCAUAAACGGCCAGAACCGAAGACCCGGCGCUUUCAAUCGCCGGCGCGGUCCACUCUCAGAAACUCGCAGUCCGCGCGAUUUCUCAUCUACAAUCGCUGCCCCGCGGUGACAUCAAGCUUCUCUGUGACACAGUUGUCGAAAGCGUCAGAGAUCUCACUGGGUACGACCGAGUUAUGGUGUACAAGUUUCACGAAGACGAACACGGCGAGGUCAUAGCGGAGAGCAAACGGGACGAUUUAGAGCCUUACAUCGGCCUGCACUACCCGGCUACUGAUAUUCCUCAAGCGUCUCGGUUCUUGUUCAAACAGAGCCGCGUUAGGAUGAUCGUAGAUUGCCACGCGUCUCCGGUUCGUGUGGUCCAAGAAGAUAGGCUCACGCAGUCUAUAUGCUUGGUUGGUUCGACUCUACGAGCUCCUCACGGCUGUCACGCUCAAUACAUGGCUAACAUGGGUUCUAUUGCAUCUUUAGGCAUGGCGGUUAUAAUAAACGGAAACGAAGAAGACGGCAACGGUGUUAAUAACGGUGGGGGAAGAAACUCGAUGAGGCUUUGGGGUUUAGUCGUUUGCCAUCACACGUCGGCUCGUUGCAUACCUUUUCCUCUGAGGUACGCUUGCGAGUUUCUAAUGCAGGCCUUUGGCUUACAGCUGAACAUGGAGCUGCAGUUAGCUUUGCAGGUGGCUGAGAAACGCGUUCUGAGAAUGCAGACACUGUUGUGUGAUAUGCUUCUGCGUGACUCACCUGCGGGGAUCGUCACGCAGAGUCCUAGCAUCAUGGAUUUAGUGAAAUGUAACGAUAGUUUAGGCGACGCGGGUUAUCCUCGGGCGUCUGUUUUGGGAGAUGAUGUUUGUGGUAUGGCGGUUGCGUAUAUCACUAAAAGAGACUUCCUUUUCUGGUUCCGGUCUCAUACCGAGAAAGAAAUCAAAUGGGGAGGAGUCAAGCACCAUCCCGAGGAUAAAGAUGAUGGCCAACGGAUGCAUCCUCGUUCUUCGUUCAAGGCGUUUCUCGAAGUUGUAAAGAGCCGGAGUCAGCCGUGGGAAGCUGCUGAAAUGGAUGUGAUUCACUCGCUGCAGCUUAUUCUAAGAGACUCAUUCAAAGAGUCUGAAGCGAGAGACUCUAUUGUUGCAGCUGAGAGAGAGAACAUGACAGAGCAAGGGAUGGAGGAGAUAGGUGCAGUUGCGAGAGAGAUGGUUAGGCUCAUUGAGACUGCGAAGGUCCCUAUAUUUGCUGUGGACAUGGACGGCUGCAUCAAUGGGUGGAACGCCAAGAUUGCGGAGAUGACUGGUCUUUCCGUGGAAGAAGCUAUGGGGAAGUCUGUGGUUCGUGAUUUGAUAUACAGAGAAUGUGAAGAAGCCGUUGACAUGCUUCUCUCUCGUGCACUCAAAGGAGAUGAAGGAAAGAAUGUGGAGGUCAAGCUGAAAACUUUUGGUCCCGAGCUGCAAGGGAAAGCAGUGUUUGUGGUAGUCAAUGCUUGCUCAAGCAAGGACCACUUAAGCAACAUCGUUGGGGUCUGCUUUGUAGGACAAGACGUAACCAGUCAGAAAAUUGUCAUGGACAAGUUUAUCAACAUACAGGGAGACUACAAGGCCAUCAUCCAUAGCCCAAACCCGCUGAUUCCUCCAAUCUUUGCAGCGGAUGAGAACACGUGCUGCACUGAGUGGAACACUGCGAUGGAAAAACUCACAGGCUGGUCUCGCGGCCAAGUGAUUGGGAAACUGCUUGUUAAGGAAGUGUUUGGGAGCUGUUGCAGGCUAAGAGGUCCUGAUGAGUUGACUAAGUUCAUGAUCGUCUUGCAUAACGCGAUCAGUGGCCAAGAAACGGAUAAGUUCCCGUUCUCCUUCUUUGACCGCGGAGGGAAAUUCGUUCAGAGUCUCCUGACUUUGAACAAACGGGGUUGGUCCGGUCAGGUCAAUGGGGCUUUCUGUUUCUUGCAGAUACCGAGUCCCAAGCUGCAACAAGCUCUAGAGAUCCAGCGGAGGCAGGAGAGUGAGUGCUUUGCAAAGGGGAAAGAGUUGGCUUACAUUUUCCAAGUGAUUAAGAAUUCAUUGAGCGGUCUGCGUUACGCAAGUUCGUUACUGAAAGCCACAGGUUUAAACAAGGAUCAGAAGCAGAUUCUUGAAACGAGUGUUUCAUGCGAGAAGCAGAUCUCAAAGAUUGUAGGAAACAUGGACGCCAAAAGCAUUGAAGACGGUUCAAUUCGAGUUAGAGAGAGCAGAGUUCUUCAUUGGCAGCGUCAUAAACGCAGUGGUAAGCCAAGCCAUGUUGUUGUUCAAUUCGAGUUAGAGAGAGCAGAGUUCUUCAUUGGCAGCGUCAUAAACGCAGUGGUAAGCCAAGCCAUGUUGUUGGUAAGAGAGAAAAAUCUUCAGCUGAUACGUAACAUUCCCAUGGAGAUCAAAUCCAUGGCUGUCUAUGGUGACCAGAUUAGGAUCCAACAAAUCCUAGCCGAAUUUCUUGCAAGUAUCGUACGUUAUGCCCCCACACAAGGCUCUGUGGAACUCUCUCUACACCCGGUUUUGAAACAAAUGGCUGAUGGAUUCUCUUCCAUACGCAUGGAGUUCAGGAUGGCGUGUGGAGGGGAAGGUGUGCCACCGGAGAAAGUGCAAGACAUGUUCCAUAGUAGCCGAUGGACGAGUCCAGAAGGAUUAGGGCUAAGUGUUUGCAGGAAGAUUCUGAAGCUAACGAACGGAGAGGUUCAGUACAUAAGGGAAUUCGAACGCUCUUUUUUCCUAAUCGUUAUCGAACUCCCGGUUGCUCCGAUGGUGACGACAAUGAUGCCAUUUUAG